GCCCGAGCAGCAGCUGCGCCCCGAGCCCCGGCCCAGGUCAGGUUCGUGGGUCCCGGGGGGGGGAGGGGCGGUGACUCCGGGGGUGACGCGGGGCCCCGCGGGAGGGGGACACCCGGGCUGUCGCUCCUCACCGCGCCAGGUGAGAAGCUGAGGUCCAGGUGCAGCCCGCGGGAGGGAAGAGGCGCCCCCGGAGGUACCCUGCUUUCUGCCAGGCCAGCCGGUGCCUCAGUGUCCUUAUCUGUCACCUGGGAGCAGAACUUCCCGCCUUCUCCACGGAUUCCGAGGGGCCUUUGGCUCCGAGAAAGGAUUAAAGAGGCAUCUCCUGCCUAGGCUGGAGGGGAGCGCAGGGGCUGUAAUCUCAGGUCAGCACUUGGGGAGGCUGAGGCAGGAAGAUCUCCAGAUCAAGACCGGCCCAGACCAUACAGUGAGACCUGUUCUGUCCUUCCCAUACUGUCCCACAGCUUGCUGUUUGUCGCCGUAUGCAAACAAUAGGGCAGCCGCGUUCUGGGAGCCACAGGCAGGGUCCAGACCACACCCAGGCAUAGCAGCAGGGACUUUAUCACCAGGUGGGAGCUGCAAAGGGAAGCCCUCAAACCCAGGGCCAAAGUUUCAGAAAAGGAGAGGUGGCUGCAGAGAUGCCAGCCUGGGUCACUGACGCCCUGAUGUGGCAUGGAAAGCCCGGCUCAGGGAACAAACCCCGAAGUGCCCCUUCCCACGGUCCAGAGGCCUCCUCUCUGGAGGUUGUGAGCUCCCUGGGGUCUUCCCCGCCCCCCCAGGUAGGGCCCUCUGCCCUUGCAGCCAGGCUCGGGUCUGAGGUGCACUGUGGCUGGCGAAGGGUGCUCCCCUGUCUUUAGUGGGGACCGGCUGGGUUAAGGCCCGACAGAAUGUCUCCCUACCAGGGCCCCUAUUUCUUUCCUUUGGUUUUUUGAGACACCGUCUUGCUGUGUAGUUGAGGCUGACUCUGGAGCCCAGGCUGGCCUCGAAUUUGUGGCCUCCUGCCUCGGCCUCUGCACACACCCCUGCCUCCCCCACCUGUCCUGUUCUGUGUACUUCAGUGCUUAAACCUUGUUGCAUCGAGUUUAGUUAAGAGUUCUCCUUUGAUAUUUAAGAUGCUUCUUUGUGGAGCCCAUAAUUAUAUCCUGGCAACCACCAGCCCUACCCAGGGACUGCUGCCUGGGAUGGGAGGCCCUGAAGCCUGGUGUGCGCUGAGAGGCUGAGGCAGGAAGUCACCAAAAGUGAGCUCCAGGCCAGCCCCAAACGGCAUAGUGAGACCCUGUCUCAAAAAGACAAAACAAGCAAAUGAAAAACAAAAUGGGAAAGAAUAACAAAGACCAGCUCCCUCCCAGCCUCUCUCUCACCGCUCUGAGAUGGGCCAGUGCUGGGCGUCUGCCUGCCCUGCACCCCGGACUCCACUGCACAGCCGGAGGUGCAGGAAAGUCACCGGCCCUGAGGUCUCCAGGGGAAAAGUUUCACAAGUUCCUCCUGGUGCCUCGGAGCAACCUUGGUAGAGAUGCAAAUGCAGGUGCCAGGUGUGCUCUCAGCCAGCUUUCUGUGGUCAAUAAUACAGUGCCACAGGCUGAGUCAGAAAAAGAAAGGGCUUUUUUAAAACUGGGGAAUCAAACCCCGAACGCGGUACCCCUGAGCUCCACCUCAGCACUUCUUUAGUCCUCUAAAUUGUCCCGAAAGAACCGGAAAUUGUGAGCCUCCUGCCUCAGCCUCCCCCAGUGCUGAGGUGACCACCAUGCCUGGCGGUGAGGGCCUUUUGGCUGGCAGAAAUCCAAGGUGCCCAGGCAUCAAUGACAGGAGUACCUGAGGGCUUUUGUAUCCGAGGAGGGGAAGGCAGCACUGAAUUCCUGCAUCCUUUAGCCACCCACUCCCUGGCCUGCAUCUGGGCUCAGGAGUGAGGAGCCUGCUGGCUCUGCAGAGCCAGUGUGAGCACCUUGCACACUUCCUGGCUGCACACUCACUGCCUCAGCUCCGGGGGUGCAUUUCCAAGCACUUCCCAGAGCCAAGCAAACUGGAUCUCGGGGAGCGCGCCCUGUGUGUGUGUGUGUGUGUGUGUGUGUGUGUGUGUGUGUGUGUGUGUUUGCACGCACUGUGGCUCAGGCUUUUGCAUUUGUACUUGGCCGUUUUCUUUGCUGAUGGGAAGGAGCUGGGCUGGGCCUCAGAGGAGGGAGGAGGUUCCGGGACUGAGGUCCCAGGGGACCGGGGUGGGGACAACACCAGCUGCCCCAGGGACCUAAGCAAGCAAAGCAGCCCGAGCAGGGGCUGGGAGGUCUCCAGCUCCCUGGGCCCCUCCUGGGCAGGGCUGUUCAUCAUACUGCCCCCCCCCAGUCCUCUUCCCUGGGAGGUGGCAGUGGUGCCAUUCUGGUGAGGUGACAGACCCUAGGGGCAGGAAGUGUCCUCUUGAGGGUCACUGAGCUGAGCUCCAGGCCGGCUCCCUACCAAUCACAGCCACCAGCCCUGUGGUCACUUCCUCUCCUGCCCAUUUCUGGCAGGUUCGGGGAGGGCUCCACCCAGCAUCUUGCUCUUGGCUGCUGUCCUCCAUCUCCGCCUCCUCAUGUCCUUCUGGAUCCAUCCCAGCAGGGCCACCGGGUCCAGGCAGGAGUGUCACAGCCUCGGGGUCCACACCUAUAUAUGCUAUGCCUGGUGUUGGGGGGGCUCGUGGCACCCAGGUGCCAGGCGCAGGGACACAGGGUGGCCGUCCACUCCUCGCUGUGUGUGAGGCAGAGACAGAGCCCCACCGGCCUGGCUCCCACCGGGAGUCUCAGCCUUCCUGCCCCCCCCCCCCAGGUCACACUCUGGACUCCAGUAAUGCAGUCCACUGAGUCCCAGGGUGCCGGGUGCUCUGAUUUAUGAGGUACAGUAUGAUAAUUGGAUAUGAGUACACCACACAGUGAUCGAACCAGAGUACUUAGUGUUCCCAUCGCAGCAAAUGAGCUUGUGCCACGGGCUGGCUUCUCUGCCCUCUGUAGUCGUGAUUACCCGUGAUUACCCAGGGCCCUCCGUGGAGAUGACAGGCCAUCCAGACCGAGAGGGCAGAGAGUGCCCGGGCCCUGCAGUCCUGUGGGCCAGCUGAUAGCAUGGGUCUGGAGUUUGAGGCCAGGGCCUCAGAGGGCGGUGGACCUCCAGUGGUCACCCUGGAAGUCAGGGCGUGGCCCCGGGGCCCCCUGGGGAGUCCCUCUUAUGGUGACCUGGCUUGUGGCCAGUGGUGGCGGUGAGUGUAGUUGUCAAGCUUUUCUUGGAGCCCUGAGAAUCAGAUGUAGGGUCUGUUUCUCUCGUUUGUUUUUGUGGGGGUUUUGUACCAGGAAUUGAACUCAGGACCUUGCUCUGGCCAGGCAGGCGCUGUGCCGCUGAGCUACGUCCCCAGCCAGGGUCUGUUUCUCUCAACGCUGCAACCAAGGCAGUUCUUUGUCCCCAUCUCUCUGUUUUCUCUUCAGUCCUUCCUCGUCACGGUUAUAAAAUCUUUUUUUUUUUUUUUAAUCGGUACCGGGGAUUGAACUCACGACCACCUGCUUGCAAGGCAGGUGCUUAUGCCGCUGAGCUAAAUCCCCCACGGUUAUAAAAUCUGAGGAGGCAACUUGUACUAGAGUGUCAGUGAACCAUCUGGGGCAAAAGCCAUUUAUAGCUUUUUUCUAAUGUUUGAGGCUGACUGCGUAAUAAACUUAUUUUUAAGAAUAAUUUGUCCCUCUAUGGAAUCAGGGUCCAGGGAAGUAUGCUUUAUCAUUGCCUCUUGUAAACGCUCUAAGAAGGCAAAGGGAAGGCCCUCUUUUUCUUGUUGAAGAGCUGAUAAGUUAAAAUAUUUGAAUGAGUUAGUUUUAUGGUUUUUAGCUCUUCAUGUCUGGAAAUGUUUCCUAUUCCAAUCUGCCAUCCGGUUGCUAGGCCAGUAGGGGUCUUGGUAGGGACGGCUUGGGCUCUGGUGGGAACCGGUGGCUCCGUCUUCUGCUUUCUAAAAUAGAAGAGAAGGAUGCUCCUCUCCCACGGCGACAGCAGCUUGCAAUGCUCUGGCCUCUCACUGCACGUCGAUGUUGGAUUUAAAAGCACUGGUAUCACAUCUUUCCAGUCCAGCUCAUAGUCCGAGCAUGUCCUCUAGGGACCUCAAUGUACUUACCAGGGUCAUUUGAAAGUUUUCCAAGGUCUAACUUUAUCUGUUGUAAGUGGCGGAGAGAAAAAAGCUCGUGAAUUCUGGACAGUCAGUCCGUGUGCUUCCUGUAAAGGCCAGUGCCCUGGAGGAGCUCGUAAGGGUAGGCUGGGUCCUGCAGGCACUCGGAGCCCUGGAAACGGGGAAGGGGACCCUCAGGCUCAGGACUGGUGGGCGAGGCUGUGAUGGAGGCUGUGAUGGACACCGCUUCUCCUUGGGCUCCCAAGGGUGGAGAGGAGCUGGCUGGUCCUGAGUAGUGGGUGCCUGGGUCAGGACGCCUGGCCCUCCUGUGGCUACAUUUACACUUUGAACAUAAAUAAUGAGUAUUUCUUCUUACUGUAAAGAGAGUCUGACCAUGGGACAGUGUUGACCCCUUUUCCUGUUUUUGAUGGUGUUGUUACGGGCAGCUGAGGCCCAAAACAACAGCGCUGGGCCCUGGAAGGAGCCAGGCCAGGAAGCCAGAAGCCUGCAACCUGGGAGGAGACCACGCCUCCGGCUGUGGCCAGACUUCAAGACAAAAGGUCAAGCUGAUACACCCACAUCCCAGGACUGCGAGUCUACAUCUGUGUCUGUCACCCUGAGGAAGCCAGAGGGGAAGUCACUGGUCUUUGAGUGCCUGCUUGCUGUGUGACUGGCUUCCCCACUGACCCCCAGUUUAAUCAGGUUUACUGAGCGAUUAAUCCUACUGUUUGACCAUGGUUCUGUCCCACUUGGCCCACCUUGCCAAGUUCACUUUUUUGGGGGUACCAGGGAUCGAACGCAUGAUCAAUCUUGCCAGACGGGCACUUAUGCCGCUGAGUCAAAUCCCCGGCCCCAAGUUCACAUUUUGAAUCCACCUCACUGUGUGGUUUUGCUCUCUAAAAGUCCCUAGAAAAGACAGAGUCCCUGGCAACCCUCUCGGGACCCCUUCUGACCCCCCUCAGACAGAAGCUUUCUUUCUCUCAAUAAAUAGAUUCUGCUCUUAACCUCAGUUGUUCCUACAAUUCAUUCUUCAGUCUUAGAGAACACGAACUCCUCCCGGACGUACAGCAGCAGGCUGGGAGCUUCCUUCUCUUAUGUCAGUGUGACUCCAGCUGUAAAAUGGCAUCACGAUGAAUUCUUACGUCUGUGUCCCAGUUUGGCUUCGGCGGUACGAGGGCCACACAGUGUGCAGAGAAAUACUAACGGCUGUUUUGUGAGGGUCCAGCAUUCCCCAGUGCUUCAGCAUGCACUGCAAAAGAGUGAAAGAUUUUGAUAAUAAGCUACCUAUGUACGCAAAAAGAAAGAACUAGGUGUCCCCUCACUUCUGUUUGCUAGUGUCCUUGAGUUGAUUCUACUCCAGGGCCCGUGGAUGCCAUCUGGAGAGAACAGAAGACAGAAAGUGACCAGCCAUCCACCCUCAGACUGCGGUGUAUGUUUAUCUCCCCUGAUAACCGGGAACUUGGUUUUUAAGCACAAGUUACUGUGACAGGAAAGUUCAAAGAAGGAAAUGUAACUUUGUAAUAAGCUGUUGCUUUUGUUCACUGGAAGGGGAGAUGGGUGAAGGAGAGUUGGAGGCGGUCAGAGACUUCUCAGGCUGUAUAGGAACUCGCCUCUGGAGACCCACGAAACAGCUGGAGGAGCCUUGCCCAAGCACUGGGGCAAAAAACUCUCCAGACUCUUCGUCCUGCAGCGAGCCCCCUACCAUUCCUAGCAACAGGAGGAUACCCUAUUUUAUUUAAAAUCACAGUUCUGCAAAGGCACAGCAUUUUUUUUUUUUUUUUGUCUUUUUCAUUUUUAUCUGUACCAGGGAUCGAACUCACAACUGCCUGCUUGCAAAGCAGGUGCUUAUGCCGUUGAGCUAAAUCCCCAGCCGUCACAGCAUUUUUUUAUGAAUACAUAAAAGCAAAGGCUAUUUAUUCCUAAUUAACAUAUGUAAGGCACAAAUGCAGAUCAUCCCCCAUCCCACGCUGUGAAAGGUAAGCAGUUGUGAAUGCUGUCUCAGCCUAAUCUCUAACUGAUUUUAAAAUCCACUGAAAAGUUUAGGGAGCUGCUAGGUUACUAGCAGAGAGAUAAGUCUGAUAGAUAAGUGGGGAUUUUUCUAAGGUCAGGAGCCUGUGGGUGUCCUGGCCAGUUCUCAGUUUCUGUUGGUGCACAAAAGCAAAGGUCAGUCUCCAAGGAACCCAGCUGUUUGUCUGGUCAGCAUUCCACUGGGCUUGGCUUCAGUGGGGAUCCACCUGAGAGAUGCUGGGGAAACCUGUCCUCUGCUUUAAGAGUGGGCAGCUGUGGGCUGGGGAUAUAGCUCAAUGGUACAGCGCCUGCCUGGCAAGCACAUAGCCCUGAGUUUGAGUUCUGGUACCUAAAAAACAAGUGGCCCUGCUCUGAGAGGGUUUAACUAGCUGACAGAGUAACUACCAUUUGUCAGAGUUCUCCAAGGGAUAGUUAAGGCCUGAGCAAGAUCAUUACCUACUGCUCCUUAAGUUUACAAUCCCAUGCAUAUAACCCAAGGCCUCAGAGCCUCCCUUAGGCUAAACCCAUCCCAUGCCUGUGUUGCUUUUGGAAGGCGGCUCUUUCCACAGUGUCUCAGGUUCCAUCUCUGCAGAUUUGUCCAGAACACUGAGCUGGGCAUGGCUUUCACGUGUGUCCUACGGGUGGGCAAAAUACCAGUGUCUCCUCUGACCCAGAGACGAGCCUGUGUCCUUUAUCUGAGAUGACUCCCCUGUCUUCGGUGUUAGCAAACACUCAUUUUCAUGGGCUUAAAUAAAGCUUGGAACAGUCCAGAGUCCUUUCUAAUUCUACUGCCUAAAAAUGAAAGCUCAAAGGGACAGGAAAAGUUACAAGAAACGCCAAAGAAAGGAAAUUGAAGCAGAACAGGCUGGACAUUUCCUCCAGAGCGCAGAGGGGGAUCAGGGCCAGUCUGUCCCCAGGAAACCUGUCCUCCAGGUUGUAAGAACGGCCACCGGCCUGGUGUCAUUUCACUGGGGGAAGGAGUCCGUGUUUCAUUCUGGGCAUGUAUAUUUUCUCAGUCUGAACUUGAUUUUAUUGAAGAAGACCCAUUUUACAGGAGUUUAUAUUAAAGUCUGUGAGGGGUGUUCUAACGUUACCCUCUCUGGCACUGCUUGUCCAAAGCUGAGCAAGGAGUUCCAGGAAAUCUAGUAACUAAUUUAAAUGCAACAUGGGCAGGAACAAUGCAGGAGUCAGAAUGUCCUGUUAAAGAAGUAUCAUAACCUGAUAAGCUUAGGUUUGUCAUUAUUUUAACAAAACUGCCCGAGGGGCAGGGCAAUUAUAAGCAAAGGUCAAAAACAAAGCAAAAUUGGAAGCACACAAAUUUGUUACCUAAACAAGUCCCAGGCCAGAGUUUGUGAAAAACAAACAAACAAAACAAAGCAAACUGUUACCUCUGAGUGUUGACCUCAGUGGGAGACCUCUACAUGGCACAGGGGAAAGAAACCUCCGAUCUGCCAGAUACAUGGUCCGAGUUCCUGUUCUCCAAAAUCAAAGAAUGAAUUUUAGGAACAACGGAGGUUAAGAGCAGAAUCUGUUUAUUGAGAGAAAGCUUCUGUCCCACAGAGAGACAGAAGGGGUGCCGAGCAGGUUGCCGAGGACCCGCCUUUUCUAGGGUUCUUCAUAGAGCAAAACUAUGAGGUGAGGCGGGUCCAAGGUGGGGAAACCAUGGGAACUUGCAAGGUGGGCAUGAGGCGGGACAGAACUGUGGUCGGCCAAUAAGAUUCCAAGUGUAAUUGCUGAGGGAAGAUUGAUUAAAUCGGGAUCCAAUAGGGAAAGAGUCACGCGUGUAGCAAGCUGAAAUAGGGCCUUUGCCUGUAGGGGGUUGGGGUAGUGGCUCCGGCUUCCUCAAGGUGACCAGGGUAUCAAGGUGGUGGACGGCGGUUUAGAGUACCAGUCCCCGGGUUUAUCCCGUAACAGUCUAUCUAACUUAGCUGUCCAUGCCACUGAGACGCUGCAGACAGGAACACUGCUGGGCCACAGAGCCAGAGUGGACCCUCCAGCCUGCUGCUGGCGCCCUCUCCCCUCCUCCCUCCCUUUCCAGCCUCCUGGUCUCUGUCCUGCCCGCUGCUCUUGUGAAACCCCACCCCACCCCGGGAAGUGAAUCUAAACUGAGCUACAUCCCCUCAGCACCUCUUAAAAGUUUUCUUGUCUUCAUGAGAUUGGGUCACCAUAUGUGCUAAUUCUGUCCCUCUGCUGACCAGCCUGGUCAGUUCCACAUCUUGCCUGUGGUUCCUCAACUCUUAAACACUAGUUAACAAGGAGAGGAAGCUGAGCGUGGUGGUGCACACCUGUAUAUGAGAGGCACACCGGUAUAUGAGAGGCUGAGGCAGGAGGAUCUCUUGUGAAUUCAACAUUAGCCUGGACUACAUGUAUAGUGAGACCCUAUCUUGAAAAAUCAAAAGUAAGUAAAAUAAAAUAACCAGCAGGAUCUGCCAUGUGGGAAUCAGAAGGAUUGAGCAAGGGAGUGUGUGGACACUGCUGACCAGGGACUGUACCCUGCGGGCCCUUGAUGUUCUUGAGAUCUCGUGGCUCUCACCUGCCCAUGAGUUUUAAUGCACGUCACUCACCCUGGGAGCAGACGUCUCAGCUCACCAGCAGCACGGGCCGUGUAUGUGAUCACAGGUGUCACUCCUGGGGAGAGGGCAGGCACGCAAGAGACAGAAAUGACAGCCGUCAUCGUGGUGUUACUUGUAAAAGCCAAAGAUAGGAACGAAGUUUCCAGUGUCAGGACAGGAAAGGGGGACAUCAGAAGCUGGCACACCUGAGUCACAGGGCAGGGACAGCGUUGGGGGGCCCCAGGCUCUGUGUCCCUCAGCGUCCGCGGGAGAGGGACAGGCCAGGGUGCCCAGGAUACCAACGGGCUUGGCACUCGAGGCCCUUAGAUAGAGUAUGUGGCUGGGUUUGCUGACCGGCACACACCUAUUAGUGCUAGACCAGCCUGGGUCUGGCCACUGGCCCCUGGACAGGUGUCCCUGUUAAUGGACAGCUGUCCUCAGAAGCCCCUAAACUACCCAGCCUGCAGAAUUAGGUUGCAGGUGUGCUGACUGCCAUCACAGAAGGUUUUCAGGGUGCAUCUGUGGGCGACAGAAAGGGGUUAACUAGGCAGACAGUGAAAGCCCUCAGCCCAGAAACAGGGUGUGGCCUGCAGAGGGGAGCCGGGUAUAUCUGUGGGGCCUGGGAGAUGGCUGCACUUCAGGAUGAAUGAUCUAUGCUGGGUGUGGUAGAGAAGGCCUGUAGUGCUAGUGUCUGUGGAGGCUGAGGCAGGAGGAUCUCUGCAAGUUCGAGGCCUGCCUGGGAUACAUCAAGAGAAGAGUUCAAGCCAGCCUGACCGCAUAGUGAGACUGCCUCAAAAAAAAAAAGAGCAAGGUAUAAAUUGUGAGUGUCUUUGUCCCCUGCCUUUGUUGCAGUGGCCUCAGAACUGCUGGGUCCCUCACCAGUGGGACCUGGAAGGCAGCUUUCAUAUGAGAAGCCCUGGGCUCACCACCCUCAUGUCCUGGCAAGUCAGGCUCCAGUGGCCCCAGCAUGCCAGCUGCCUCAUCUCCCCACCCCUGGGGUUUGUCCCCACCUGGCACAGACCAACGUGUGUCCCCAGAGAGCUCCGGACAGCCCCAACAAGUCACAAUAAAUACACUGAGUGGGGUGGGCCACGCUGGUGGCCCCCAAGUUGCGGGAAGCCAGUACCGAGGUGUCUGGAAAGCUGGGCAAACUAUCACGGAGUCCAAAUCACCAGCCGCGAGUCAGCUUGGGGUUCAGUUUCAAUGCAGUUUGCAGGAAGUGCAGGGCUGGCGGCAGUUCGUUACAUGACGGGUACAUGAAUUAAGUCCUGCGUUGUGCAGCAGGCUCGGUCGGGGCAUCCCGGGAAGGAGAGGAGGGCGGCUGAGUGGGGCAGGUAGAGUCCCAGACAUGGAGUCCUUGGAGCAAGCUGGGAAGCUGUGUGUGUUUUUCUAGGUAGGGAAAACACAAGUGGUACAUCCGGACGCAGCUGGCUGACCCAUGCGUCACCUGGGAGAGGCAGGCAGGCACAGACAGUCCGGGCUACUGAGCCCAGCAGGCUCCCCGGGCGACAGGCAGCAUCAGCAUAGUCACGGCCACUAACUGAUGUAAACCUGUGCUGUGCAGUCUGUAAAUUGGCUCCUCUGUGGCUCUGCCUCACCCCUGCACUCUCCUGGCCCCAGCCCUACUUUAAUCUAAGUGCACUCAGGACUGAGAGCGCAAAGCGCCCUGAGACCGUUCUUUCAAAGAGAGGAAACGCGAGCCUGGCUUUCCGGUGCCCGGCCAUGGAUGUUUCCGCCGCCAGCCUUGCCCAGCUGAUGAAGGGCACUGCCUGCCACUUGUCCUUCUGCCUUCCCUGGAGUGGAGUUCUCAGGAAAUGACAGAGAAGUGCAGGACCGGGGUCCUCUCCUGAGUACCUGGGGGGCCGCCGGGAACCCUCACCAGGUCCCGUCGGGCGCUAACUCAGCAGUGAUGGGGUAGCCCUCCCUCCUGCCCAGCGCCUGGGCUGCCAAGGUGACCAAGGCACACGUUCCCCCUCUGAGCAUCGACCUCCUGCCAGGUCUGUUUGCAGUAGCGAGAGAUUAGAGAAGCCACAUACAGAAGUGGAGUGGAUAACAACGCUGAUACUGCGAGCACCGUGCCGGCCUCCAGUGCCGCUCACUGCCUGCUGCCCACGUUCGGAGGUCACCGUGGGGACGGAGGCUGAGCUCAGUCCCCACCCUGCCCACAGGGCUGGGAUCAAAAGUGGUAAUUAAUCUGGGAACCCCUGUCUGCAUUGCAAACCGUGUCCAAACUCGAAUUACCACUGUUAGGCACGGAGUUGAUAUACCCAGCCUGGCGCUCUGAGGGUACCGGGAGAUCAGGAGGCUUUCAGCAGCACCCCAGCAGCGGGCAGUCCCGGGAGCACCUGUGUUUUCUCUCUGAGGCCACCUCUUCCUCCAGCUGGCAGGGAAGGGUUUGGCUUCCCAGGGGCAGUGUGAAAUUGCCACCUGAAACUUCUGUUUUGUUUAUUCUUUUAAAACAGGGUCUUACUAUGUAGUCCAGGCUGGUGUGGAACUCAUUACAUAGCCCAGGCUGGCAACCCUCCUGCCUCAUCCUCCAGAGUGCCGGGAUUACAGGCAUGGGCCACCACACUCAGCCAAUUCCUCUUUUCUCUAUGGCUUCUGGAUUCCAGACAUAACUAAGAAAAUUUUCCUGCAAGGUGUGGUGGCACAGGUCUGUAAUCCCAGCAUUUCCAGGCUGUGGCAGAGGGAUUGCUGCAAAUUGGAGGCCAGCCUGGACUACACAGUGAGUUCAAGGGCAGCGUGAACUACAAAGUGCGACCCUGUCUCAGAAAAAAAGGGGGCUGCGGAUGUAGCUCAGUGGCACAAGGGCCUGCCUGGCAAGCACGAGGUGGUGAGUUUGAUUCCUGGUACUCAAAAAAAAAAAGCCAAACAUACAAACCCAGCAUAAGCAUCCGGCCAGAAAUAAGUGCAUAAUAAACGCUUGUUGAAAGGAAGGAAACUUUGCCAAGCCUUGUCCCGGGGCCUCUUCUGAGGUGUGAACCCCCCCUGGCCACCCCACACCCCAAGACCUCCCGUCCAGAAGGCCCAGUUACCCUCCCCUCGGGUCUGGGACACUGCCUGCAUUGUACUUGAAAGUUUGGUUUGGCUCUUGGGGUUUCUUUUGUUUCUUUGGUCUGUUUGAUCCUUUGCCAACGGGCCUUGUUUUCAAUCCUGAAACUUUGAUAUUUGCAUCUCUAAAGAGCUAGCUGGUUUUUCCUUCUGAGUUUCCCUGUAGAUGGUUUUGUUUUGGUUUACUUUUGGUUUUUUGAGACAGGGUCUUUGAGUCUAGGCUGGCCUUGAACUCACUGGGUAGCCCAGGCUGGCCUAGAUCUGCUGUGAUCCUCCUGCCUCAGCCUCCUGAGUGCUGGGAUUACAGGCCAGGCCUGCGCCACCACAUCCAGCUUCUAGAGAGCCUGGUGUGUGUGUGUGUGUGUGUGUGUGUGUGUUCUACUAUGGCUACUGAUACAGGGGAAGGAAACCCCCGACCUGCUAGAUGUCCCAUACUAGUUCGAGUUCUCUAAAAUCAAGAAUGAAUUUGAGAAACAACAGAGGUGAAAAGCAGAAUAUAUUUAUUAGGGGAAAGACAGCUUCCGUCCCAGAGUCAGAAACGGGUCCUGAUUGGGUUGCUGAGGACCCCGCCUGCUCUGGGGUUUUUGUAGAGCAAAGCCCCAGGGUGAGGUGGGCCCAGGGGGAAAGAUAGGAAAUCGGAAGGUGGCGUGAGGUGGGACAGAGCCAUGGUCAGCCACUACGGACGAGUGUCACUGUCCAGGUAAGAUCCAUGAAACCGGGACCCAGUGGGGAAGCGAGUAAACAGCAGGCGGGCAUGAAGCUAAAUGGGGUUUUCUCUGGGGUGGGGGUAAGUAGCUAUUCUGGGAAUCGAACUCAGGGCCCUGUGCCUGCCAGGCAGGCGCUGUGUGCUGAGCCACAGCCCCAGAACCUUUCACCUCUGUCCCGAGAUCUGGCCCUCGGCAGUCUGGUCCCCCCACAGUUGCAAGGUGGCUGGGCUUCUGCCCUGGCUCCGGGGCAGCCGGCCCUGGCUUAGUCCUGUUGGGCUUAGCUCAUAAUGAGCCUGCUGCGGACAGCUGAGCUUGGCAGGGACCCAGACAGGACAGAGGAUGAGAGCACAGCCCCGCUGUGGCUGGAGUCACCCCUGCCCGAGCCCUCAGGAUAAAGACACAAGGCCAGGCCUCCCCGCCUUCCUGCCCGGGAGAAGCAAUAACCUGUAAUGGGUGUCACCUGGUCCAGUAAAGUCCAGACAGACGUCACCCUCCGGGUGGGAGACAGGACCCCCUGACGUCCUUCCAGACCUGCGCCUUGUUCUCUGGAUCACCCAAGGGUCUUUUAUCUUAUUGGUUGACGUAUUUUUAGCCCACGUUGUACCCACAUUGUGAUUUUGCUCUACAAAACCUCCUCUAAGGGGCUGGGGAUUUAGCUCAGUGGCAUAAGUGCCUGCCUUGCAAGCGUGUAGUCAUGAGUUUGAUCCCCAGCACCGAUAAAAGAAAAAAAACUCCUCUAAAAAAUGGGGUUCAAGGCAGCCCAUUCGGAACCCUUCCUGUCUCCCGAGCUAUCUCUCCUUCAAUAAAAUUUCUAGUCUUUCCAGGCAUGGUGGCUCACACCUGUAAUCCCAGCACUCUGGAGGCUGAGGCAGGAGGAUCAUUACAAAUUUGAGACCAGCCUGGGCUACAAAAUGAGCUCAAGGACAGCCUGAACUGCAUGGCGAGACCCUGUCUCAAAAAGACCAAAAAAUAAAUAAAUACAUUUUUUAAAAAAACUUGGCUUUCUUCCUUUGAAGACAAGCGGCUUCCUGAGGCCUGGAACUUAAGCAGCCCCCAUCCUCCUCGGCCCAGGCGACCAUGCUGAUGCCCAUCAGGAGGCCAAGGCCUGUUCCUUUGUGCCCUGUCCUGGGCCUCCAGCCCCUGGAAGGGGGAGGCAGGGCGAACCCCCUGGUGCACACAGUUUUGCUUCUGCCCAUGGAUAAGGGACUCCAGUGCCCCACAUCCCAGGACAGACGCUCCUGGCUGCUGACCCUGCAGCCCUGCCACCAGGGACCCUCCCGCAGCUCGGAGCCCCGCGUUUGCCCUCUCCCACAUGGGGUGCAGCGGCAUUAAGGCCUCCGCUGUGGAGCAGGAGCCGGAUACCUUGAAUACUGAUGGGGCACAACCUGGUUUCCCACUGGAACCUGCUGUGCCCACAUACAGAGCUUCCCUAAGGUCCUUGGGCAGGACUAUUUUGGUAAUAAUUUCCAGGCACUGUUUGGUCAGCUUUGCUGUGCUUUAGUUUUGUUUUUUAAUCUUUCUCUUCUGAUGACCAGCUUCAUUCUAGGAUUGGGGAGGGGAGGGGUGCAGUACCGUCCAGAAUCCCAUGAGCCACUGGGGCUCCACAGCGUUCUGAGGCAUCUUUGAGAACCCAUCUAGAGGCGCAGGUGUUUCCGGUUUUGUGAGCCAGGGUCUCCUUAGCUAGCCCAGGCUGGCCUCAAUUUCCUGGCAGUCUUCCUGCCUCAGCCUCCCGUGUGCUGGGACUACAGGCCUGUACCACCACGUGAGGCUAAAAUAGUGGUCAAAAUUUGUUUGCUGAAAAUUGACCAAGCCACCUCCUCUCCUUAACGAGAGAGAUCUGACCACAGAUGUCUGGCCUUUGUGUUCCUGCUGGCGGGGAGUAUUGUCCCUACUGGAGGCCUUGAGCGGUAGAGCCAGGGUAGCAGUCAAGGCAGCUAAUUCAGACAGGAGUUGAAUAUACAGCCAGAGAGGAGGCGGGCUUGAGACCAGUCAGCAGAAAUGAAGCCCUGGAAGCUGUGGCUGGAGGCCAGGCCCAGGAGAAAGUGGUCACGCCUCCAGGCCUCCCUGAGGGACACACAGUAAUUGGAGAUUAUGCCAUACUUAGUUAGCAUCACCGUGAAGUCCAGAUAAGCAUCCUAGGGCAGGUGGGUGAACAAAAUAUCCAGACCUAUCCCUUCCCACAUUCAGUCUUUAUGUCUUUUUUGCUUUUUGAGGCAGGAUCUUGCCAUGCAGUUCAUGUUGGCCUUGAACUCAAAGCAAUCCUCCUGCCCAGCCUUCCGAGUGUUGGGAUUAAAAAUUGUCAUUAAAAUAGGGGAUGGGGAUUUAGCUCAGCGACAUAAGCAUCUGCCUUGCAAGCCGGCAGUCAUGGGUUCGAUCCCCGGUACCGAUAAAAAGGAAAAAGACAAAAAAAAAAAAAAAAAAUUGUCAUUAAGCUGGGCUCAGAUUUGGGCGCCUCCUGCCAGGCAUGGCGGUGCAUCCCUGUAAUUCCAGCACUUGGGAGCUGAGGCAGGAGGAUGAGGGUGAAUUCGAAGCUAACCUGGGCUACAGAGCAAGAACCUGUCUCAUAUAUAUAUAACAAAGCCGUAGUGACCCUCCUGAUUCAGCCUCCCAGGGCCCAGGGAUCACAGGUGUGUGCCACCACACCCUGCUUCCUGCUUCGCAUUAAAAACUAUAGUCCUGAUAUUUCGGGAGGCCUGCUUUGGUUCUGUUGGCUACAUUGGUUUCUUUGCUUCUUUUCUGGGAGGAGGGGGACUGGGAAUCAAACUCAGGCAGGCACCGCACCACGAGCUGCAGCCCCAGCCCGCCAUUUCUGCCUGCCUACACGGGCCGCCGGCCUCUUCUGCAGCCGCAGGGCACAGCACCUGUGUCGCCCUCCCCUGUCCUUCCUGUCACCACCCGUCCCUGCGAGGCUCUGUGAGUGAUCUCAGGGACAGAUGAAGCUUCUGUCCCGUGGCUCUGGAGCCCUGUGAGGGGCACUGAGGAAGCUGGCAUCCCCUGGCACAGUGUGUGAGGAGCUCGGUGGUGGCCACGGGUGGCACAGAUGCCAAGUGUGUGCUCUCUGCACUGUCCUGCAAAACCACACAGUGCAGAAACCCAGGCACAGUGUAGUGCUUGCCUGUAGUGCCCCUGUGCCAGGGGAGGGUAGGUACCUGGCACCAACAAAAAGGUGUAUUCGAUUCAGAGAAACAGAGCCACAUUAUCCUGAGUAUCAGAAAUAUGCUUGAAUUUUUACUAUUUGAUUCUUUUAGCCCAGGCUGGCCUUAAACUCAUAGGGAAUCCUCCUGCCUCAGCCUCCUGAGUUCUGGGGUGGGUGUGCACCAUCACGCCCAGGUCAGGAUGUGUGCUUCUCAAGUGUUCCUGGCCUGGAGGUGGGGCUCAUAGGUCCCAUGUGGGCCGGGACUGGGCCUGGCCCAGGAGCCCAUCGAGGACAGAGGGGCCAGAGGUCUCCCAUGUCUAUGCCUGGCAGCUGCAGGGCUCUGUCUGUGCCGGCCCCACGCUCUCCUCUCCCUCCACUUCCUGCCCCAGCCAGCUCAGGGUCCUCACAGCAGAAGCCAUGGAGGGCUGGGAGAAGCCAGCAGGACCUGCCAAGCUCCGCCUCAGCUCGAGGCCUGUCGGGGAGGGGAUGGGAGCAUGCUUGGGGCCUGAGGUCAGCGGGAGCCGGGCUGCAGCCUGCAUGCAGCCUCUUUUCCCGAGCCUGGGUUCCCACGCCAAAUAUGGUGCUGCCCAGCCCGGCAGCAGCCAUCGGCCAGCAGCCAGGUGACCGGGCCGGGUCACGCGCAGGCCCACGUGGGACUUUCUGCCCACGGCGGCCCCCUGCAGUCAGAGCUCUCGGCCAGCCGCCAUCCGUCUGCUAUUUGUCCAUCUGUCCACCCUCCUGGUGGCGCACAUUGGGUUAAAAAUGCUCAGAACCAAAAUAGCCUCUCUCCCACGCUCAGGGGUGGGGAGCCAGAGCUAUGGUUUGCACCCCAAGUUAAGUAAAAGGUGCCACAGGCGAACCCAAGGGCAGGGAGGAGGGUGAUAGGAACCCAUGGUGAGUAUUUAAGUUUAAAAAAAAAUGUAUCGCAGGACAGGACCCGCUGUGUGCCCUGCUCAGGGGACACCAGGUCUGCCCCCCCUUCCAGUGUACAUCCCACCCCACCCUCCUACGCAGCACAACUGUCACUGUAACCUUUUCUUUUUUGUUUUGAGACAGGGUCUCAAAAAGGGCCUUUAACUUGCAGUGAUCCUCCUGCCUCAGCCUCCCAAAGGUGCGCACCACCAUGGCCAGCCCUGAGUUGUCCUUUUAAAGUGUCCCUCUGGCUGCCAAGGGGGAGGCAGUCAGUGGGCAGGGCAGUCACCGAGGGAGAGAACUGGCUGCCUGAGCUCCGGGUGUGAUCCCUCCAUCCCGCCCGAUGGUGCCCAGCUCCCUGCUCAAGGACUCCUGGCCCUCGUCUGUUUCCCCAGGCUCCCCCUUCCCUGCCCCCCAGAGCUGAUCCAAACCAAACCUGUGGGCAGCAAACAGAUGCACUGUGGCCUGGUGCCCAGGAGGCUGGGAAGCCCCAGUACCGAGGUCUCUCCAUCUUUUGCAGAUGGAUUUACGGGUGUCCAGAGGGCACAGAAAGGCUGUGCCCCUGCGAGUGAAAAAGGUUGGUGACUGAGUCUGGACUGUCUCCCAGAGUGCCAACAGCAAGGUACCCAGGUUCCCUGCCUCCACCUGCCAACCUGCUUCAGCCCCAGGCUCCCAGAUUAGGGGAGACCACUGAAGGGUUCAGGGUGCCCUGGGGUGGCUGCCCCCACCCCGUAGCACCCAGACCACAUCCGGUUCAUUCCUCAACUCCCCGGUACCAGUAUUCCUGGCUCUGUCCUAGAAAUGAUGCCACUGUGCCCUGGGCUGCUGAGGUCAGAGGAAGGUGACCGGGAUGCAGAAGGCACUGGGGCUGUGCUGGCUGGGUUGCUGUUGAUGGUAAAUACCACGCAGGUGACCAGCACCUCUUGGUCCCCCAAGGUCUCGUUGGCCGCAGGAGAUGGGGCUACAUGAACCGGCCUGGAUCCCCUGCCCUCCCACUUGAGGGCCGUGGGACUGCGUGAGCUGCAGAAUCUCCUCAGGUCUGUUCACCCUUCUGGGUGACCUAGGUGAAUGUGGGGUCCCCGGGGCAGCUGUGGAGGUCUGAGGAGCUGGUACAGUCAGAGGCCGGGAAGGUCACCCGGUGUGUGUUGGUUGCUUUUCUCUCUUUGUUGAGAUAAAACACCUGAUACUCAAAAUUAGGGAAGGGAAGAUUUAUUUGUUAUGGUUUGGAGGUUUCAGUCCAUACGCAGCUGGCUCCAAGCAACAAGGUGGCGUGGCGGUGCAGCCAUUCAUGGCCACCUCUGCAGCGAAGUGUGAACUGGGUAGAGAGAGAGAGACGGGCCUUCCUCCAGCCCCGCCAUUACGCUGUCAGCUGGCUCCACCCCUGGGCACUCACAUCACCAAUCUGAGUGCCAGACCACGAACCAAUCCCAAAUGGCCACAUCCAUGAUUGUACGAGGCCCGGGGGGCCAUUGGAAUAUAAACCAUAACCCAGCACGUGUGGGCUCACAUGAUUUAUUAGGUGGGUAACGGAUGAAUGAGUGGACAUAAUGUGGGAAGACGGGGCCACCCGUGCACACAGGAAUGUCCCUCGACACCAGGGACAUCACCAGACAGGGACAUGGAAAGCUGUUAACAUUGGUCAAGGUCACAGACCCUGGUACAGGCUCCCUGUCCGUCCCUUCCUGCUCCGUGCCUGUGCUUGAGGGCUGAGGCCUCCAAAACUGGAGACCCCAUGAACAUCCGGGGCUCCAAGUGCCUGGACACAGCCUGGUUCAGCCUCUGCCCGCAUGAUGCCAGCCCUCCAGUGCCAUCCCUGGGCUGUCGGUCCCCAGGCUGCUCAUGUGCCAAGGGGCACUGCCAUCCCCUCCCAUGAGCCCUGCAGAAGCUCGACCCCAGCUGCGCACCAUGCGUGACCCUGGCCCAAGCCUCUGCAGCUUCUGCGGUACCAACUGAGACCUCUCUGUCAUCUAUGGCUUUGUUUAUUGUUUGUGUGUUUUGCCUUUUCAGACAGGGUUUCACUAUGCAGUUCAGGCUGGCAUUGAACUCACUUCAUAGUUCAGGCUGGCAUCGAAUUCACAAGGAUCCUCCUGCCUCAACCUCCUGAGUGCUGGGAUUACAGGCAUGUGCCACCACGCCCGGCUCAUGGCUAUUUUGCUACAUCCCCAGCCCAUUCUUUAUUUUGAGUGCCAGAAGUAUUGGUGAGUCACCAAAUUACCCAGGUUGGUUUGAACUAGUUUGCAGUCCUCCUGCCUGAGCCUCCCAGAGUGCUUGGACCGCCGGUCUUCCCAUCUGAAUCUUGGUGCCCCUCUCUUGCAGACUGGCCAGUUCCGUGAUCUGGGGAUACCAUGUCCAGGCCCCAGCACUGCCUGCUGCCCCUGCUGCGGGGCACCCCCAGGCAGCGGGUCUGCACCCUGUUCCACGCUGGCCUCAUGCUCUCAUGCUUUGUCUCCAUCGUGAUCUACUGGCAUGUUGGGCGAGACCCCAAAGACCAAGGCUACCUCUAUACCCUGCCUGUGGACAUCCCCUGCCCCACGCUAGGGCCUCCAGGCCCACACAACAGCACCCCAUUUGCAGGCAGCAACAUAUUCUUCCUGGAGACUUCGGAGCGGACCAACCCCAACUUCCUGUUCAUGUGUGCGGUGGAGUCGGCAGCCAGGGCGCACCCCGAGGUGCUGGUGGUGGUGCUGAUGAAGGGGCUGCACCCCGGCGCCCCCCUGCCCAGGCACCUGGGCAUCUCGCUCCUCAGCUGCUUCCCCAAUGUGCAGCUGCUGCCGCUGGACCUGGACGCGCUCUUCCGGGGGACCCCGCUGGCCGCCUGGCACGCGGGCCUGUGGCAGCGCUGGGAGCCCUACCGGCUGCCGGUGACCUCGGACGCCGCGCGCCUCGCGCUGCUGUGGAAAUUCGGGGGCAUCUACCUGGACACGGACUUCAUCGUCCUGCGCAACCUGCGGAACCUCAGCAACACGCUGGGGACCCAGUCGCGCUACGUCCUCAACGGCGCCUUCCUGGCCUUUGAGCGGCGCCACGAGUUCCUGGCGCUGUGCAUGCGCGACUUCGUGGCCAACUACAACAGCUGGAUCUGGGGCCACCAGGGCCCCCAGCUGCUCACGCGCGUCUUCAAGAAGUGGUGUGGCACCCGCAGCCUGGCCCAGAGCCUCAGCUGCCGCGGGGUCACCACCCUACCCCGCCAGGCCUUCUACCCCGUGCCCUGGCAGGGCUGGCGGAGGUACUUCGAGGACAUCAGCCCCGAGGGGAUGUCGCAGCUGCUCAAUGCCACCUAUGCUGCCCACGUGUGGAACAAGAUGAGCCAGGGCCAGCGCUUCAAGGCCACGCCGCAGACACUGCUGGCCCAGCUGCAGGCCCGCUACUGCCCCACCACGCACGCAGCCACGAGGCUGUACCUGUGACGGGUGCUGCUGGUCACCGGGACGGGGACAGAGGAUGGGAGACCGGGCUUUGAUCAGGGGCUGCCACCAUGGGGCUGUGGACAGACAGAGGAGGAGGGGCACGGGGCCAGGCCCUGCCCGUCUGUCCCUCCAGGCCAGCGUGGGGGUGGUGGCCACGUGCUGGGUCAGAGUCCUGUUGGGUCAGAGGCUGCCAGGGCUAUGAGAGCAUCUGGGGCUGUGUAGACCACAGGCAGAUAGAGUGACUGGGAUUUAGCACUCGGAGGCUGAGGCAGGAAAAUCGCUGUUGAAUUCAAGGCCAGGGGAGCUAUGUAGAAGACCCCAUCUCAGAGCAGAAACCUCGGAUGGGUCCUGUGGGGUUUCCAGGCUCUGCCCUAGUGAAGCCUCGAUCUGUUUCAACCUCACUGGGGCUUCAGUAGGGGCCAGGGCUGUGGGGCUGGCUGGGGGCCUGGGAGAGAGGCCGGGCCAGGGAUCUGGGAAGCACCAGGAGUGUCCUGCCAGAAGGCCUGGGCUGGGCCUGAGGAAAAUCUGAGCUCAGCAGGGAGCGGCACAGGCUGGUUCCUAUUAUGGGUUUGGCCUCUGAGGCCAGGUCUUCUGGCCAGGAUGAAGGUGAUGACCAAGACGGGAACCUGGCAGGCACUCUCAGAAGUCGCCAGAGAGAGAGGCGUUUAUCAGCCCAGCAGCCAGGCAAGGGGGUGAGCUGCCUGGCUCCAGGCGUAUUCAAGAGCAGCCAGUGUCCCUGCCAAUGACAAAGGAAUGUCAGUUCAUUGCUUUCCAACCACAGGACCCUUGGGAUGAACCAGGGUUCUGGGCUUUUUUUUUUUUUUUUUUUUUUGUCUUUCCUUUUUAUCGGUACCGGGGAUCAAACUCACGACUGCCUGCUUACAAGGAGGUGCUUAUGCCGCUGAGCUAAAUGCCCAGCCCCAGGGUUCUGGGCUUUUUAAAAACUUCCCCUUUGAGCCAGCAUUAGAUGUGGCAGGUCUGUAAUACCAGCAGCACUCGGGAGGCUGAGGCAGGAGUCUUUGUGAGGUUGAGGCCAGCCUGGGCUCCAUUCUGAGUUCAAGGCUGACUUGGGCUUCAUAGCAAGACCAUGUUUUAAAAAUAAACAGGCAAGGGCUGGGGAUUUAGCUCAGUGGCAUAAGCAACUGCCUGGCAAGCGUGAGGUUGUGAGUUUGAUCCCCAGCACCAAAAAUAAGUAAAUAAAUAAAUAAAAUCAACAGGCUGUAAUCCCAGCACUCUGGAAGCUGAGGCAGGAGGGUUGCUGCACAGGUGAGGCCAGCUUACACCCCAUAGAGACACUGUCUCCAAAACAAAACAGCACACACGAGGCCCAGCAGUGUGAGUUAUAACAGCCAGGAUGGAACCACUCCAGUACCAGAAGCUUGAGAACUGCAUUGAGGCUGGUUUCAGGGGUGCCCUGCUGAGCCUCAGCGCCUGGACACGCAGGGAGGCAUCCUUUAAGCAAGUCUGUGAGAGGUCUGGCAGCAUGGAGUAUGGGGACGCUGUCCCAUCAUGGGGCCCAGUGAGGAUGCCAGGCUCUCAGCCCUCAGAUGCACCACUGAUGCCAGCACCCUGGUCCCCCAGCUUCUGUCUUGAAAUCGCACUGCCCACUUCCAGGUUCUGGAGACUAUUAGGCAGCAAUAUGUUGUUUUGUUUUUGGGGAAAAAGAAUCUUGCUGUUUCCUAGGCCAGCCGUGGACCCUUGGGCUCAAGAGACCCUCCUGCCUCAGCCUCCUAAGUAGUUAGGCCCACAGUUAUGUACUGCCAUGCACAGCUGAGUUAGCAGUAAAAAGGAACGGGGUCCUGAUACAUCCUUCAACACAGGCCAGCCCUGAAAACUUUAUUCUCAAUGAGAGAAGUCAGACAAAAAAUGUCAUAGAGCUGGGCCAGCCAUUCAGCUCAGUGGAACAAGGGCCUGCUUGGCGAGCAUGAGGUCCUAAGUUUGACUUAUGGUACCAAAAAGCCACAGAGCUUGUGAUUCCACCUCCAUGAGAUGGCUCAGGCGACAAAGCGGAGAUGGAGCACGGGCUGGAGGAGGCGGCACCUGGGGUUUCUCUCAGGCCGAGGAAAGGUUCUGAACCUUUCCUCUGAGGUCAGUGGUCACGGCCGUUAACUCAAACAUGACUUGGGGUAAACUUUACGGUGUGUGCCCUGUGUCUCCGUGGAUGGGGACAAGGACUCUGUGAGGUGCCGGCCAUCCUGUGACCCUCAGAUCCCCGAACCGGCAGCACCCCGACUUCAGCCACAGGAAGUGGCUCUGAGGGGGAGACCGCAGGUGUGGUUCUGAUUCGGCCCUUUGCCAGAUUCUGUGGGGCCAUGGCCAGGCCCACUGGCCCUGGGCACCUGGGGAAUAAACACAAAGGCCCCCGUGCUCGUGCAGCCCUGCGGGGCUGGCGAUGGUGACGUCUGCACAGCUGCGCUCUGGGGCUGCAUCCUGGUGGUCACUGGCUCUGUCCCCAGCCUGCCCUCAAGUGACAAACUGAAACUGAAGGACAAUGGGAUGGCAGCAGACCGGACAGGACACCCAGGAUUGGGUGGAAGGCAGGUUUCUUUACACUGAUGGCACUGGUUGGGGUCAUUCCUGAUAGAGUUAUUUCCAAAAGAUGAAAAAUAUUAACAAAAGAUGAGAAAUAUAAAAUAAAAAGCGGCCUUUAUUCUGAGAACAUGGAGAGAGAUGACCGGCACCCCCACCGCUGGCUUCCGGCAAUCUCUCCGGCGGACACGCGGCGUGGGGGCCUGUAAAUAGCCUCGGUUUGGGGUGGAACCUAAGGUGGGCAUUAGGGAUGCACAGGUAGCCCAUUGGUCCUAGGUUUGGCGCCAUAUGUAAAUUCCCAGGGGCGGGAAGAUGGCGUCACAGGUAACUUCCUAGGGGCAGGGCAAGAUGGGGCUUCCUGCUUCCGGUUGUGGCUUUCCUGGCUACAGUGUCCUGCCUGGGCCAAAACCUUUCAAUUCCCAAGGUAUCAGGCGGCCCAGUCCAGGGCUUAUGUGGGAGCUGCAGGCUUGUACAUCGGGGACUGGUUUAUACCACUGUCAUCACGGUUCCCAGCUGUUUCUAGAAGUCAGAAGCACCUGGAGCUGGAGCAGGAGUUCUUACUUAGGAAACUAAGACACAGCAUCACACUGACAGGGCUGGGACUUUCCUACAGGCCUCCAAAUAAAAGUGACAGGGGUCACAGCGGGGGGAGGGCUUGGCACCACUGAACUGUACCCCUAAAGUCAGGCAUGGUGCACACACCUGUAAUCUCAGCUUUGGAAGCCUGAGGCAGGAGGAUCGUCACAACCUUGAGGCCAGCGUGAACUGUGUAACACAGACCCUGACUCAAAGGAAAAAAAAAGUGGAAAUCCCACACAGAAUUUCUCUCCGGUUUCAGGGAAAGUAAACCAAUUCUGCUUUCAUAUUUUGCAACUUACUCCUGUAACAGCAGCAUGACUUCCUCAUUUUUCUGUCAUGAAAUUUCUUAUCUUUUUUGGGCAAGGAAAACGCAUGACUCGGAUGAGUAACUGAGCAGAGGGGAGCCGGGCGCAGUGGUGCACAUCUGUAUCCCAGCUUUUGGGGGCUGAGGCAGGAGGAGGCCAGGCUGAACCUGUCUCCAGAUUUAUAAACCAGGGCUGGGUGCGGUGGUGCACGCCUGCAAUCCCAGCACUCAGGAGGCCGAGGCAGGAGAAUCAUAGCAAAUUUGAGACCAGCCUCAGCUACAAAGUGAGCUCAAGGCCAGCCUGAACUGCAUAGAGAGGCCCUGUCUCAAACAAAAAGACAAAAAAAAAAAAAAGAAAAAAGAAAAAAGAAAAAAGAUUUACACAAGACAGUGUGUCUUUACAAAAGACACACUAAAUUUGAGGCCAACCUGGACUACAUAGGGAGACCGUGUCUCAGAAAAAUAAAGAGGUUUACAAACAAGGGGAGAUGCUGAGUGUAUCUCAGGAGGGGCACAGGCUUAGCAUCACUAAACUGUACCCCUAAAAUCAGGUGUGGUGUGCACUCUGUAAUCCCAGCUUUUGGGAGACUGAGGCAGAAGGGUCACCACCAGUUUAAGGUAGCCUGAACUGCAUCACACAGACCCUCACUAUUAGUGAGCUGUGUGGGCCCACAGUGUCUCUGUCCUCCCUGUUGCCCCCUGCCUCAGUUUCCCCAGUGCCUGAGCCCCAGCCCUGACCUUUACCACCCCAUCCUGGGUCUUAGGGAAGUCCCAGUUGCUCAACGGAUGGCAGAGAAGUCAAAUAAAACUAAAUAUUUCUUCACUAAGAAAUGCUGUUCUAGACAUACUGGGAAAAUACGCUUUAAAAAAAGUACAGUCAAUUUAAAAAAAGUAAACGACCGGAUUUCUGCUCACUGUGAAAGGGUCCAGAGAGACCGAGGGGGAAAUUCACCCGCAAGUGGCCCCUGUGGUCCCAUUUGGGUUUUAAAUGUGGCACAUGGGGAAUCACAGAAGUUUAGAACUGAGAGAAAACAGUCCAAGUGGAAAAAAGAAAGAAAGAAAAGUCUGUGUGUCAUCAGCCUCGCCCGGCCCGGCCCAGCCCAGAAUUCCAGGACUAGGAGGGCCAGCCACAUCCUCCCUGCUGAGCCAGCCUGCAAGUUACCACUCCAUUUGCAAACAUGCAAUCAGUAACAUAAAGAAGGGAGGAUCUGACCUCUACCUAAGAGGUCAGACUUCUCUAAGUCAUCCAAACAUCCCCAACUCUGUAACUCUUCUGUCCUAAAAACAUUCGGUCUUCAUUUCCUGGCCCAAAGUAGCUGCUCUGGCUCCAGACAUUGCACCCACACUCAGCCAGCACACCUGGUCCAAGGAUCACUUCUGCUCUUAGCCCAUUGGCUAGACUUUCCCUCCCAUAAUUUCAAGGGGGGAGCUGGGAAAAACAGUUGCUGAGCUAAACAAUCAGAUGCUGAGCUAAAAAAAAAAAAAAUUAGUUGCUGACUAAAACAGAGGCAUGGGUACCGGGGAUUAGUCUGAAAACUCAGGGCCUCCCGCGGCGUGAUUUUCAGGAACCCAUGGUGCUGAAACAUGAACGCUGUGUGGAGCUCCUUUUGGAAUUCAUGCAUCUUGGGCUCAGUUCCAUCUGGUUGCCUAUGCCAAAACCACAUCCCAAGACAGGAGUAAUGGUUUGGAGCCAGGCUGUCGGGUUCCACUCGGGGCUGCCUUUCCUACUCCCCGGGUGCUGGGAGACAGUUACCUACUGACUGGGCCUGUAAAAUGAGGGUCCAGCACAGUGCCAGGCACAUGGGGACAGCUUUGUACACCCCGUCAUUUGCUGUCGUUGUGUUUUUGUUUUGUUGUUUGUCUGUUUUACUUUGUUUGAGACAGGGCCGAGUUAUGUAUUCCAGGCUGGUCUUGAAGUUGCCGGUGAUCCUCCUGCCUCAGCCUCCUGAGUACUGGGAUUACAGGCUAGACUGUGAAUGUCUCUGUUACCCUGUUGCUGAGGGUGGGUUCAUGCUCCGGGGUGUGCAGAAGGCCAAACACAGGACACCAGGCACUGACAGAGUCGCCAGCCAUUUAGGAGUUGUAAGUACUCACGGAGGUACACAGGCCACACAAGGACAUGCAGGCCUGGGCCGGACGCAGAGGGAAGCGCCAGGGGUCUGUGGGCCUGCACACCUGUAACCCCAGCACUCAGGAGGCUGAGGCAGGAGGAUCGAUGUGUAGCCAGCCUGGGCUACCCAGUGAGCUCAAGGCCAGCCUGAACUCCAUAGAGAGACCCAUCUCAAAAGACAAAAACACAAACAGCACAAGACAACAUAUGAAACCUGGGCUCCCCACAGCCGCUCUCAGGGUGCUGGCUACCUCCCAGAACCUCUGCCCUGUGACUACCCAGGCCUGGGUGGGCAGGAGAGCGCAGACCACCAGUGCAUGUCAUGAUGCAAAACCCGCUCCCCCGCAGGGGUGGUGCCCAGAAUCUAGCAGCGCAGCCAGCCAGCCAUGUCCCUCUCGGCCACUGUUUCAGGAAGGCCACCGUGUCCCAGCCCUGGCACAGUGGCCUAAGUCCCAGAGCAGCCCACGGGGCCAGAAUUCGGGAUACAGUGAAUCCUGCUGUGCACUCCGGCAGUUUCUGGCCUCCCUUUCUCUCAUGGGCGGCUGCGCGUGCGUGGGCAGGCUCGGGUCCCCUGGUCCGCGUGGAUGACUGCGGGGUGAACCUCACUGCCACAUCCCAGCGUAAACAGGAAAGGCCGGAACUCAUACCCGGCUCUGGAUGGGAACAUCAGGGCCCGGAGUCGGUGAAAGGCUGUCGGGGCGGGGUGCACUGCCCAAGUUUUAUAAACAAGAGGACCAGGACACAGGGUAAGCAAGGAGCUCAAGGUCCUCAUGGGUGAGAGCCAAGGCCAGCCCCGACCCCUCCGGGCCCCGACCGACUCACCCAGGGACGGAUCCCUUUGGGUUCCACACUGCCAAGUCCUGCAACUGGGAAACUACUGCGGUGUUCUUAGAAACCAACGAGCCCGCUGGCGUGUCCUUCUUGGUUUUUAAUUAAUUAAUCAAUUAAUUAUUGUUUUGAGACAGGGUCUCGCUAUGCAGUUCAGGCUGGCCAUGACCUCACUUUGUAGCCCAGGCUGGCCUCGAAUUUGGAACAAUUCUCCUGCCUCAGCCUCCCGAGUGCUGGGAUUGCAGGCGUGAGCCACCACGCUGGGCUUUGGUUUUUAAUCUUUAAUUAAUUUAUUUAGAGACGUGUCCCAGUACAGCCCAGGUUGGCCUCGAACUUGAGGCGACCCUCCUACCUUAGCCUCUCAAGUACUGGGAAUGCAGUCGUGCGCCACCGCGCUCCUUCCAUUUUUAUUUAUUUAUGGUUUUAGCAGUGGCAGUUUCACAGGUUUGUUUGUUUGUUUGUUUGUUUGUUUGUUUGACAUUUGUUAAAGGUAGGAAAAAACAGGGUCUGUAGAGCAACAAUAGGAACAGAGAAGAGUGAUGUUUCAUAAAAGAAAGCUUGUAGCUUUCCAGCUAGAAGGGGUGGAAGCAAAGUCCAGGCCGCGUCUGGGAGCUGAGCAGGGCCACCUCCCCAAGGACUGUUCUCCCCGGUGGCCCUGCGGGUCCCACCCGGUCUUCCUUGCCUCCAGCCAGAGGACCUGAGAAGGAAAGCGGCAGGCGUAGUGGCGAACACCUGUAACUCGGGGACUCUGCGAGGCUGGGGCAGGAGGGUUGCGAGGUACAGCCCAGCCUGGGCAGUUUAGCAAGACGCUGUCUCAGAAGAGGAAUGUGCACCCGGCUAGCUCAGUGCCAAGGCCCUGGGUUCGGUCCCCAGAAUGGGAAGAAAACACAGUGAUUUCAGAUGGAGAAGAAAGGCCGACCCCUCCCCCACCCCCGACAGCUCGCCCCACCCAGCGAAGUUCCCGCUUCCCCGCGGGCUGUGAUUUCCCCUCCCAGCCCCGCCCAGCCCGGAUUUCCCCGGGGUACACGGUGAAGGGGCGGGGCUUAGCUCGUGGGCGGGGCUUGGCUUAGGGCCGCUCGAUUAGCCCCCACGCUGGCGCCCCCUGGUGGCCGCGUGCGCACCUACAUGCUUGUGUGUGACCCCAGGACCCCAGCUGGCCUCAUUUGCACCGCUUCUUUGCAUUGCUUUGGGCCAAGUGAAGAGAAGGAAAUAGCACAGCCAGCUCGGAAAGAAGCCUGAGUUUAACCAAGGUUGCAGCAGUUGUUCUGCAUUCAAGGAGGGGCAGCCAUAGUUUUCUAUAGGACCCCAAGUUGGCCUGGUCCCCUACCUGUUACUCCUCCCUGGGGAACAGGGGAUAUUUGCAGUGGCCGCAAAAUUUCCUUUCCUCCACUCGGCAUCCCAGCUGGGGUGGGGAAGGAAAUUGACGUUCUAGAAAGGCCAGGCAGCACAGUGCUGCACACCUGUGAUCCUGGCACUCACGCUGGAGGCUGAGGCAGGAGGACUGACGUGAGUUCAAGGCAAGCCUGAGCUACACAGCAAGACCCUGUGUCAACCCCUACACACACACACACACACACACACACACACACACACACACACACCAAAAAAAAAGAGGAAGGAGAAAGUGUCAGAACAUGUUUGAUCCACAUUUUGGGGGCCCAGUAGUCUCCCCAAGGCGGGGGAAAAGAGCACUCUGGCCCCCAGAAUGUGGGAGGUCUAGCGUGUAAGUCGAGGUGAAUUCUUCUGGUCCAUUUCUGGUCCUGAGGGUACUCUGCUUACUUCCUCUCGGGGAUUUCAGCUUCUGCCUUUUGAGAGCCAGCGAGAAGGGCAGAGGGAUUUAGUGCAAGUCUUGGCCCAGCUGCUUCUCAAGCAGGGGAUACACCCCCUGGUCAGUCACAGCUGCCUGGCAGCAUCGGGGAAGUCGGGCCAUCCUAGGACUGGUGGUUUGUUUUAACUUUUUUGAUUUUGUUCUUUCCAGACAGAGUUUUGCUAUGUAGCUUAGUCUGGCCUUGAACUCAUUAAGAUCUUUCUGCUUCAGCCUCCCAAGUAUGAAGGGUUUUAAGGACUAUAUUUUAGAUUUAAAUAAAACUGAGUGGACAGAGAUCCUAUGCAGCCCUGUCUUCCCUGCUUAGGUUCUGCUAUUGCAAACAUCUGGCAUUAGUAUGGCAGGCUUGAUAAUUGAUGAGUUAUUACUGAUGCCCUAUUAUUAUUAAUUUUUGUCUUUUUGAGACAGGGUCUCUCUAUGCAGUUCAGGCUGGCCUUGAGCUCACUUUGUAGCCCAGGCUGGUCUUGAACUCGAAACGGUCCUCCCACCUCAGCCUUCCGAGUGCUGGGAUUACAGGCGUGAGCCACCAUGCCUGGCUUAAUAGUCUUUUUUAAACAUUAGAAAUUGUCUGUAAUCCCAGCACUCAGGAGGCUGAGGCAGGAGGAUCGUUGUGAGUUUGAGACCAGCCUGGGCUACAAAGUGAGCUCUAGGGCAGCCUAAACUGCAUAGCUAGACCUGUCUCAAAAAUAUCAGGGACCAGACCAAGUGCCUGCCUGGCAAGCGGGAGAUUGUGAGUUUAAUCACAGUAUCCGGGACCUGGCCAAGAUCCCCAGUCUCUCAGAUGAGUAUAUGGGGAAGGCUUAAAUAAAUGAGACAAGUGGUAUGAUUUUAGGGCUCCAGGAAGAGCAAAACCCACUAGCAGAGUUUGAGACUCUGGGGGCUGAGACAAGGAUGUCUCUGGGAGGCCCAUAUUUAUUUAGUUCUUCAAACAAGGAGGUGGUUAGAGUGGAAAACACAGGAAACUGAGCAGGACCUUGGGAGUGGUUCAAGAACUUUUCCAAGUAAGUAAGUAAUUAAGAUUCUGGGGGGCUAGGGAUUUAGCUCAGCAGCAUAAGUGCCUCCCUUGCAAGCAGGCGGUCGUGAGUUCGAUCCCCGGUACCGAUAAAAAAAAAGAUUCUGUUAAUUUAGGAGAAGUACCUUAGGAGAAAGUCUCCAGGUGACUGUCACUACAGGAGUGAGAUGCUGCAGCUGCAGUCUCUGUCUUGUUGACUGGGGCUGGAGCCUGGUGUCCUCAGCUUGGCCUGAUCUUGCCCUUUGAGAUGUUGCUUUGUUCAUGCCUUGGCCAUGCCACAGCCCUGCAUGUGUGUUCAGUUUCCAGCUUCCAUGGCUCCCAACACAAAGAGACAAAAUAAAAUAAAUAAAAAUUAGAAA